AUACAUGUGGUUGUGGUUGUUGUAUUCUUGGUACCUUGUAUAAAUUCGCCUUGCAAUGGACUAUCAAUUCAGAAAUAUACAAAAGUGUAGAAUAUAGGGCCAACUUUUAUUAUUUUACAAAAAGGCUAAGCCGAAUCUUUUGAAGUAUUGGGGAAGCGCAAGCUCGCGGUAAUUGUUAAAGCAAUGAAGAAAUUGGAAGAUAUAAAAAAAGAGUUUCCACUGCAUUGGCUUGUAUGGAGCAACAGCGUCGAUGAGCUGAAAUGGGCGUUAAAAACGGACACGGUUGACAAGGAAAAAAUCGAUGCCCGUGGCCGAACACCUUUGAUGCUAGCCGUGAAAUUAUCACAUUUGCAAUGUGUAAAGUGCCUUUUAGCAGCAAAAUGUAAUGCCACCUAUGAAUACGAGGGAUGGUCAAUUGUGCAAGAAGCCGUAUGCUCCGGCGAUGAGGAUAUACUGACUGCCAUCAUUGAAGUACGCGAUUUGCAACGUCAUGUUCAACGGGUAACACAUGUUCCGAAAUUAUUACAACACCUUUUAGAUGCACCUGAUUUCUACAUUGAAAUGAAAUGGGAGUUUACAUCUUGGGUACCCCUCAUGUCUCGUCUUUGUCCGAGCGACACCUACAAAGUUUAUAAACGUGGAGCGAAUGUGAGAAUAGAUACCACAUUAUUAGGGUUUCAUAACAACUCCUGGCAACGAGGCAAUCGCUCUUAUAUCUUUAAAGGCGCAAGUAAGAGAAACGAGCCGAUAACAUUACCUUUCUUCUUUACUUAUUUAAUAAAAUUUAUUUCAGAGGACUCUGCAACGAUGAUUGAGAUCGAUCAUGACACUCACGAAGUGAUUGAAGAACAAAUGAAUAGCGAAAUCGGAGAUAUAGUCGCAAUACCGCCUCCAAUUGGUGCUGUGCGCGGCCGCCUCAAUGCACCCGUCAUUACUAACAAUAUAGAAAUGGAAAAAAUCAGUUUUGAGCGGAAUAAAUCGGGAAUUUGGGGUUGGCGCAGCGAAAAGUCAGAGAUGGUGAAUGGAUACAAUUGCAAAGUUUAUGGCGCCAGCAACGUUGAGUUUAUAACGCGCACCCGAAUGGAUCACCUAAAUGAAGAUCAAAUUAAGAAUAAAUGUGCGAGGACACCAUUGCAUAGCUUUUUAGGGAUCGCUGACGACGAUUUAACAAAUUCUCACACUAAUGAAGGAAUAAUUGCCAAAGAUCGGACGCCGUCUCCAUCUAUUGGGAGUCCAUUACUAGAUCAAAGCCCUGAAAAUAGCACACCCGAAGAAAAUGCCAGUAUCAGCUCAGGCACAACGCCACCAAAACACGCCAUUACGGCAGAGGAGUAUUUUUCUCCCAAUGUCGAUUUGAAUGGACGUGACAUUGGACGACCAAAGAAAGUCACUACCAAGAUUCAGAGAUUUAAGGCUAAUCUAUGGCUCUCCGAAGAGUAUCCUAUGCGACUGCAAGAACAAGUUCUUCCUAUACUUGACUUAAUGUCUACUAUGGCAAGUCCACACGUAUCUAAACUGAAAGAUUUCAUUACCAUGCAGCUGCCCUCUGGUUUUCCAGUGAAAAUUGAAAUCCCACUCUUCCAUGUUUUAAAUGCAUGCAUCACGUUUGGAAAUGUAUUCGGCAUGACGGCUCCCGUUGAGAAUGUAACCACAAUUAAUGAAGACGAUCGCAUAACUUGCCUUGUCGACGACCAUUGUUUCGAUAUACCGAGCCAUUACGUCAACAGAGAUGCGGACACUCUUCGUCAAAUGCCUUUGGAUGAAGACGAUAUGUUGCAAUAUGCAAUUGAACAAAGUUUAGUGGAAACGACCUCCGGGGCUUCUGCUUCAAAUACAGCUGAGGACACCGAUAAAGUGGAUAUAUGGGAGGCAUUGCGUGGUCAAGGGGUAGAUGGAAUUCCAGAGGAAGACGAACAGUUGCAGAGGGUACUGCAAGAGUCGUUGUGUGGUGCCGCAAAUAAUACAGGAUCGCCAGCUACCGAUGAUGACGAUGGUGGUUUUAGCUAUAUGGAUCCUGAUCUUGCGAUUGCUUUACAGCUUAGCCGACAGGAUCAGCAGCAGUAUGAAAUUGAGUUACAGCGUGAACAGGAAAUGAUUGAACAGGCGUUAAAGCUUAGCUUACAGUAGAACUAAGUCAAUUUUGACCAUACAAAAUAUUGUGUUUGAAUAUAUAUUUAUAUAUCUAUCCAUAUGAUCGAACUUCGAAAUAUUUUCAAUAUCAAUCAUUAAUCCCUGCAGGGAAACAUAUACUCUAUUGAGAAUGGUAGAGGAAUACAUAUAUCAAAGAACAGAACUAUUAAAACCUUGAAGUCAAAUAACUUUGUAAUUAGCAAUAUUUUUAAAACAUCUGUAAAUCAACAACUGUCCGUUUAACGUGGUAAAAAUUGUUCAAACGUGUCUUCUACGGUACUUUUUUUCAAAAUAUCGCAUGUAAUAUAUAGUGCAUAAGUAUAUUUCUUAUAGAUCUUCUAUACCUUAUUACUAUAUGAAUUUUUUAUAUUAUACAGAGACAUUUCAAAAAGCUUUCCGUACUAGCGUACAAUAAACUAAACAUAAAUUCACCACUCUUAAAUAAAAGUGUCUCGUUUAGUAAUUUUAUAUAUGUACAUAUGCAUGUGAUUCUUCAUAUUUAUUUGUAAGCUUAUCCUAUCCUCAGUUACAAAUGCAAAAAUACAUCGUGGAGCUAUACAUAAGAACAAUUUAA